AUGAACCUCGUCCUCUUCUGGCUGCUCACCCCAGCAGCAGCCAUCUUCCUAACCGUCCAAACCCUCCUCAUCCUCGGCCAAGUGCUCCGCCGCCACGACCUCGAAUUCUUCGGCCGCACCAUCGCCUUCUUCAUCGCCUUACUCAUAUGCGCAACCUAUGGCACCAUCGCUUCCGCAUGCCUCAAUGUUGCCGGUUACGGCGGGCUGGGCCAGUGGGCCACUGCGCAGAGCUUCAAGUGGACUAUGCUGCUGUUCACGAAUGUUGCAUUUGAGAUCGAUGAUCCCAGAAAUUACUUGAACAAGACACGACCGGCUGUGUUUGUGGGCAAUCAUCAGACGGAGCUGGAUAUUCUGUUUCUGGCGCAUAUCUGGCCCAAGUACUGCUCGGUGACGGCGAAGAAGAGUUUGAAGUACAUACCUUUCUUGGGCUGGUUCAUGUCUCUGAGUAGGACCGUCUUCAUCGAGCGCACCUCGCGCGAACAAGCUGUGGCCGCCUUCGCCAAAGCCGCACAGCAGAUGCACGAACACAAGCAGAGCGUCUACAUCUUUCCCGAAGGCACGCGCUCAUACUAUGACCAUCCGGACAUGCUUCCAUUUAAAAAGGGAGCCUUCCACCUAGCCGUGCAGGCGCAGGUCCCCAUCGUGCCUGUGGUGUCGGCGAACUAUAGCGCCGUGCUGAACUUCAAGAAGCGCAUCUUCCGACAAGGAAGAAUAUCUGUGAAGGUGCUGGAGCCGGUGCCGACGAAGGGAAAGACGAAAGAAGAUGUGGAUGCGCUGCUGGAGGAGGUGAGGGAGAAGAUGCUGGCGGAGUUGAAGAAGCUUACGAGUCAUGCAAGGGAAGAGGGUGUAGCGCUGAAGGAGCAUGAGGCGAGCCAUGCAAAGGCGAAUGGGACGGCAAAGGCGAGUGGGGUGGAUAUGGUACAUAAUGCUGCAGCAUGA